AUGACUCUGCUCUCGCCUCUUCCAGGUGGUGGCAGCUUACCCCUUCACCGCCCGGGGUCCGAGGGAGGUCUCUCUGGGGGCCGGAGAACCAGUGAGAGUCCUGGAGCCCCACGACAAGAAGGGCAGCCCCGAGUGGAGCUUAGUCCAGACGGCGAGAGGCCAGAGCGGUUCAUACUCUCCCAUCUCAUCCUCGCACACGACACUUCUCCGUCGCUCUAUCUCAGCUCUGAAUACGACCAGGACCCGAGUAAAGCCAGGACCCGAGUGAAGCCAGGACCCGAGUGGAGCCAGGACCCGAGUGAAGCCAGGACCCGAGUGGAGCCAGGACCCGAGUGGAGCCAGGACCCGAGUGAAGCCAGGACCCGAGUGAAGCCAGGACCCGAGUGGAGCCAGGACCCGAGUGGAGCCAGGACCCGAGUGGAGCCAGGACCCGAGUGGAGCCAGGACCCGAGUGAAGCCAGGACCCGAGUGAAGCCAGGACCCGAGACCCGAGUGGAGCCAGGACCCGAGUGGAGCCAGGACCCGAGUGGAGCCAGGACCCGAGUGGAGCCAGGACCCGAGUGGAGCCAGGACCCGAGUGGAGCCAGGACCCGAGUGAGCCAGGACCCGAGUGGAGCCAGGACCCGAGUGGAGCCAGGACCCGAGUGGAGCCAGGACCCGAGUGGAGCCAGGACCCGAGUGGAGCCAGGACCCGAGUGGAGCCAGGACCCGAGUGGAGCCAGGACCCGAGUGGAGCCAGGACCCGAGUGGAGCCAGACCAGUGGAGCCAGGACCCGAGUGGAGCCAGGACCCGAGUGGAGCCAGGACCCGAGUGGAGCCAGGACCCGAGUGGAGCCAGGACCCGAGUGGAGCCAGGACCCGAGUGGAGCCAGGACCCGAGUGGAGCCAGAACCCGAGUGGAGCCAGGACCCGAGUGGAGCCAGGACCCGAGUGGAGCCAGGACCCGAGUGGAGCCAGGACCCGAGUGGAGCCAGGACCCGAGUGGAGCCAGGACCCGAGUGGAGCCAGGACCCGAGUGGAGCCAGGACCCGAGUGGAGCCAGGACCCGAGUGGAGCCAGGACCCGAGUGGAGCCAGGACCCGAGUGGAGCCAGGACCCGUGCCAGUAAAAUAA